AAAGACAUGGACAUCUUCAAGGGCAAGACGCUAGUGCUUAAGGAUGGCAGCGAGCACCAGGCAGAGAAGGCUCUCGGCGAUGCCAAAGCCGUGGUCCUGUAUUUCUCAGCCCAUUGGUGCCCGCCGUGCCGCAUGUUCACGCCAGUACUGGCCGAAGCAUACAAGGAAAUGAAGGACGAGUGCGCGGCAGCUAUCGAAGUUGUCUUCGUCUCGUCGGACCGCUCCAAUGCAGACAUGCUGAAAUACAUGGAAGAGAGCCACGGGGCGUGGUACGCCAUUAAGUAUGGCGACGCAUUCCAAGAGGCGCUGAAAACCAAGUAUGGCGUCAGCGGUAUUCCCACGCUCGUCGUAAUCAAGAGGGACGGCACUGUGAUAGCUGCCGACGGAUGCGCCGACAUACAAGCCGAGGGGCCAAGAGCCUUUGUCAAGUGGGCCGGUGCAGCAUAGGAUCGCCAAGCUUGCCCACCUCUUCGCACUGUAGGCGUUUGCCUUAGAAGCUAGACGUGCCAGCUCUCUUAAUAUUUGUGCUUCCAGCCUAGCUCUCUGUUAGUUCCUGUUGCAAAA